AUGAACUCAUCCUGGGUCUCUCAGUCAGCAGCUACUGACAUUGUUUGGGCCUUCUAUUUUGUAUUCAGAAUUAGGUCCACAUCCAGGCAACAGCUGGAACUGAGUGUGUCUUCUUUAUCCCUCAGGACUCCGGAAGAUCUUUCCAGGUUCGUUGUUGAGCUGCAGCAGAGAGAGCUUGCCCUGAAGGACAAGAACAGUGCCAUCAACAGCAGUGCCCGGGGGCUGGAGAAGGUCAGGCAGCAGCUUCAGGAGGAGGUGCGCCAGGUCAGUGGUCAGCUGCUGGAGGAGAGGAAGAAGCGUGAGACCCACGAGGCACUGGCCCGAAGGCUCCAGAAGCGAGUGCUACUGCUAACGAAGGAGCGAGACGGUAUGCGCGCCAUCCUGGGGUCCUACGACAGCGAGCUGACCCCUGCUGAGUACUCGCCCCAGCUGACCCGUCGCAUGCGGGAGGCCGAGGACAUGGUGCAGAAAGUGCACGCCCACAGCACGGAGAUGGAGGCUCAGCUGUCACAGGCCCUGGAGGAGCUGGGAGGCCAGAAACAAAGAGCGGACAUGCUGGAGGUGGAGCUGAAGAUGCUGAAAUCCCAGUCAAGCUCUGCUGAGCAGAGCUUUCUGUUCUCCAGAGAGGAGGUGAACACACUCAGGUUAAAGAUUGAGGAGCUGGAGGGGGAGCGGAGUCGACUGGAAGAAGAAAAGAAGAUGCUUGAAACACAGCUUGAGAGGCGCAUUCUGCGGGGCGACUAUGACCAGGGCAGAACCAAAGUGCUGCACAUGAGCCUGAACCCCACCAGUGUGGCCAAGCAGCGCCUGCGUGAGGACCGCGACCGGCUGCAGGAGGAGUGUGAGCAGCUGCGGGAGCUUGUGCGUGCCCUGGAGAGAGGAGGCCCCAUCCCGGCUAACCUGGAGGCUGCUGCGUGUCUGCCGUCAUCCAAGGAGGUGGCAGAGCUGAGGAAGCAGGUGGAAAGUGCUGAGCUGAAGAACCAGAGGCUGAAGGAGGUCUUCCAGACCAAAAUCCAGGAGUUCCGCAAAGUGUGCUACACGCUGACAGGCUACCAGAUAGACAUCACCACGGAGAACCAGUACCGGCUGACCUCCCUGUAUGCUGAGCACAAGACCGACUGCCUCAUCUUCAAGGCUACGGGACCCUCAGGCUCCAAGAUGCAGCUGCUGGAGACAGAGUUCUCGCGGACAGUGGGCGAGCUCAUCGAACUGCACCUUCUGCGCCAGGACAGCAUCCCGGCCUUCCUCAGCUCGCUCACCCUUGAGCUCUUCAGUCGGCAGACCAUGGCCUAGCCUGCAGCCUGCAGGCCAUGCUUGGACCUGUCCCCGCAGGUCCCAGCCCUACCUGGCCACCAGGCUGUGUGCUGUAUCCCCU